AUGGCAGAGAGGACGACAGCCAACCGCUCAACCAAUCGUUUCUAUCUGAGAGUCGAGCGACCAACAGCCUAUCGAGAAUAUCUACUAAAUCCUGACAACAUGCCGAAAAGAGUGCGAUCCAAAUUGCGUAAACACCUUUCGGGUAGCAGCAGAGAGGGCUGCAACUGGGCGCAAACAACAACAGACGGCGAUCAAGAACUGGAGCUUGGCACUAAGAAUGCUCGAGAACUAGAUUUUUACUCCUAUAUACAGAGUGCUCCCAGCCAGUGUGCGUGGUGUGAAGGUCUAUGUCAUCCUCAGUCUGUUGUUGACACGCUUGUGGUCGGCUGGUAUUGCCUUGGAGCGCGCGUUAGGGACUGUUGUGAAGUGGAUGGUUGGCAGCGGCAUGUGAAGCGCGAGAGUGGAGAGUCGACGGGGAGUUCGGUGUGUUUUGAGUUUGGUAUGCAGGCUGGACUUUUGAAGUUUGUCGAAGCACCCUCGGGUAUUGUCUAUUAUCCACCACACCCACUGCCAGGAAAGACAAUCGUAUGCAAGACUGAUAAGGCGGCUGACAUCAGCUGGGUUAGUGAUGGCAGACAUGGGAAGUUGGAUGAAAAUCGCUUCAACAUCACCAGAGUGUCUGAUAGGGAAAGUACAAUGUAUUUAACAGAACAAUUUGUUGAGAUGGAUUUGAUACGUGCUGCCUUACUGGCUAUAUCUCGUGUGCACUGCCAUGCAGGAGGAGUAAACAGCAGCAGUUUUAAAUUUAGGCUAGGAGGUAUCCGGUAUUCAUCAUCCUCGCUAGAGAGACUGGAUCGAGUCUACAUUCCCGCAGAUUACAAUUGCUGCGGCAAGCUGGGUUCAGAAUUGCUAGACAAAGCUGAUAUCUUACUAUUCAAUGAAGUUGGAAUUAAGACUGUUCUCAUGAUAUUUACAGCACGAGAAGUUUCAGACAGUGACAGCAGUGUGGUUACUGCUGUACCAUCUGUGUACCACUGGAACGUCAUAAAAUUUUCUGAUUCAAAUAGUCCAGUGGAUGAUGGAGCUGUUCCAUCUGUGGAAACUCCUCCUGUUGAUCAAACUGUGAAUGAGGGUGCAGACUUUGUAGAAUUCAACUGCACUUUUUCUCUGAGUAUGCCUUUACCGACUGUUAGCUGGGUAUUUACUAACAAUGAUGGUCACAUGCAGACAGUAGAAAAGCAGCAAGAGCAGUCUCGGGAUCCAGGUUCAAGAAUAAGUGCAAUUAGAAUAACUUCAAUUUUAAGGGACAAAAGUGGUCGUUAUGAUUGUGUUCUUAAGAAUGAAUUUGACAAAGUCACUUCAUCAGCACAUUUGACUGUACAAUAUUUUGAUGGUGUCAAUCUUACUGUUAUUCCAAGCAAUCAACUUGUAUCUAAAUCACAAGGAACUUUAGUCAUUAACGUGUCAUCAGUUCCAGCUGCAACUGAGAUACGUCUGAGUCAAAAUAAUGUUGUAUUUUUCUCAUUAUCUAACGGAAAUCUCAACAGACCAAUAGGAACUAUCAUUGUGAAUAAGAACAAUCACAUACAGUACAUCUUUACCGUUAAUAAAAGCUGGAAUGCUACGGUAAUAGCAUAUGUUAACCAUUUGCUUGGGAAUGACAUUGCGACUCAAGUUAUUAACGUAAUUGAUCCUCCUGGUCCUAUUAAUGUGUCUGUAAACACUAUUAGUAUCUGCCAUAGUGAUCGUUUGCUGGUUAUAUGGAAUGUGGUUAGAAAGGGUGGACAAAUUGCAAACUACAAAGUGACCUGGAAAAAAGGAUGUAUUGAUUCUAUGACGAUCGACUCACAAACCUGGAUGGUAUCAAAUAAUCCUCUAUUUACGCAGGAGGGAGGACAAUACGCAAUAUCUGGCUUGGAGAGCAAAACGAUGUAUUGCGUAGAGGUGGAAGCAACUAACAAUGAUGGGUCAACAACAGCAAUGGCCAGUGCAACUACACUAUCAGUUCCGGACAAGCCUGUUCUGUUUUGUGAUCAUACGUUUGCAACAACAACAAGUAUAGUAUUAAACUGGACAGUCAGCGACGACGGUGGUGAUGACAUUGUACAAUACAAUGUUAUGUUGAGUAAAGAUCAGCAGUUUACACAGAUAGUGUAUUCAAGGAAUCUAUUUGUCUUUAACAAUACUGAUUUGUCAGAAAAGGGUGGAACGUUUACUGUGCCAGGUCUUACUAAUGGAGCAACACACUACACGAAGGUUGCAGCAAAGAAUUGUGUUGGUGCGAGUGUUUCUGCUACACAGUCGUGCUCUACAUGCUGUGAUAGCUCUAUCUAUCCAUUUUCGCAACCACGAGCAGCCAAAGAAGUAUUUACAUCUGAUGACACCAUAACACUGAUAGUAAAGGCUCCUGAUCUUGGCUUCUUUGUUAGAGAUUUAAUGUCUGCGAAAGUUCUCGAGUCAUCUUUUUCUGUCAGCAAUGGUAUUGUAACUAUUACCAUAGCAGGACUCAAGGCAGGAGCAAAUUAUACGGUUCAAGUGUAUGCAGCAGCUGAUCAGUCACAGAAGCGUCCAGUAGGACAACCAGUCACAGUAAGUAUUCAAAUAUGCAAACACAGUUAG